AUGGAUGGAGGGGAAAGUGUCAGAUCUGGGAGGAGUGAAAGGUCAGAGAGGUCACAUCGGAGCCAUGGAAGUAAUCACCAUGGAAAUGGAGGAUAUCAACGCCAGUAUGCUAGACCACAGGCACCCUCACGCCCUGGAAGCAACAGAGCCAUGUCCAGAAAUCAAGGCCAUGACUAUGAAAGAGAAGAUCGGUCUGUCACUAUUAAAACACCAGGGCAAGAUGCAGACAUGGAGAGGGGAGGAGAAGAGGAGAGAAUAGAAGUACAGGUAAUACCACAGGAUGACAACUGGGGAGACAACACCACAGCCAUCACAGGAAACACCAGCGAGACGGGAUUCUCUACUGAAGACCUCACUAAGUUUGUGAUCAAGGAUGAUAGACAGGUUGGGGUUAACUGUGCCAGACAUGUUGGCACGGCCUUGACCAUCGGCCUGAGCGUCCUAGCCUUCCUAUCACCAAUUGCCAUGCUGCUGCUGCCAAAACUGAACAUUGUCCAGUUUCGGGAGGACAUCGAAGGUGCCUCGGAGUGUCGGCCCGAAUGUGAGGGACUGUUGAUCAGCUUUGCCUUCAAGCUGCUUGUCUUACUUGUAGGAGCUUUGGCUCUGUUUUUCAGGAAGCCUCGAGCGACCAUGCCCAGAGUGUUUGUAUUCCGAGCCAUCGUCUUGUUUCUGGUGUUUGUUCUCACAUUUGCCUUCUGGCUGUUCUAUGGGGUUCGAGUCUUCAAGGAGCAACAGGGCACUUAUGAGGGAAUUGUCACGUUUGCCCUGUCUCUGGUGGAUAGCCUUCUGUUUGUCCACUAUGUGGCCAUCAUCCUCCUGGAGAUCAGGCAGCUACAGCCUCAGUUUGCCAUCAAGGUUGUGAGGUCCCCAGAUGGGGAGUCCAAGGUGUACAGUGUUGGACUUCUCAGCAUCCAGAGGGCAGCCGUGCAUAUAUUGGAGCAGUACUAUACAGAUUUUGAAACAUACAACCCAUACUUGGAGAACGUCACCAAAAAACAUAGCAAGCACUCAAGCACAGCAUUUAAGGUGUAUGAUAUUGAUGGUAGUGCACCCAACCAGGCAGCCAAUCAUGGACACAACCGGGCAACAUUCCCUGGUUCAGCUGGGCGUCGUCGGGAAACUGGGCAUAAUGAUAGGUUUUACGAUGAACUGGAGUAUGAGAGGAAAGUGCGUAAACGCAAGGCACGACUUAUCGUGGCAGCUGAGGAAGCUUUCACUCACAUCAAGCGGAUGCAUGAUGAACAGACAGGUUCAGCCGUACCCAUGGACCCCAACGAAGCAGCAGCUGCCGUAUUCCCUUCACUGGCUAGAGCCUUACAGAAAUAUCUCCGGGUCACACGGCAGCAACCUCGCUAUACAAUGGACUCGGUUCUGAGCCACCUGGCCUGCUGUAUAUCUCACGAUAUGAGCCCUAGAGCAUUUGUAUCUCAGUACCUCUCUCAAGGUGCCGUCGUCUGCGGCAGCGAACAGGAAGUGAGGAGCACAGAGCAGUGGGUGCUGGCCUGUGACCAGCUGCUGACUCGGGAGUUGAACCACAAGACCCUCUUCCAGCUCAAGAAGGGACCAGUCUCCCUUCUGUGCUUUGUGACCAGAAUCCCGCAUUUUAGCCUCACAGAGGAGAUUGUGCAUCCAAAGUCCAACAAGUUUGUGCUGCGGCUGAACUCGGAGACCUCAGUUUGA